UAACAACACAAUACGCAUAUGAUAGAAAUAAUAGGUAACGAUCAUCCUUAAGAAAACAUAGCGCCCAUAUCAACUGAUCACUUAUCUCCAUAGCAUCAAUAAAUUUUCUGGCUCUUGUAAAAUCAACCCGAAAAUUUCCAUCAACUCUCUAUCAAUGGCUACUCUUGUUUCUUCAUCCUCUCUUCUACAUUCAUCUUUCAAUUCUUCUUCAACUCCAUCAAUCUCCCCUGUUUCCCGAAUUUCACUUAAAUUCCCUUCUUCUUCGCUCUCUUCGUCUCUCUCAAUUUCCCCAUCUUUCGUUGCAUUUUCUCUGAAUUCAAGGCGGGUUUCCCCUAAUUCAUACUCCAGUACUAGUGUUGUUCAGGCGAGUGGUGCAGUUGAGAAGAAGAAGGUGCUUAUUGUUAAUACAAAUAGCGGUGGUCAUGCAGUUAUUGGGUUCUAUUUUGCUAAAGAGCUUUUGGGAUCUGGUCAUGAUGUUACUGUUCUUACGGUUGGAGAAGAGAGCUCUGAUAAAAUGAAGAAAACCCCUUUUACCAGAUUCUCAGAAAUUACUGGUGCUGGUGGUCGAACAGUAUGGGGUAAUCCUGCAGAUGUUGGGAAGAUUUUAGAGGGUGAAGUAUUUGAUGCUGUUUUGGACAACAAUGGUAAAGACUUGGAUUCUGUAAGUCCUGUAGCUGACUGGGCCAAGAGUUCUGGUGUCAAGCAAUUUUUGUUUAUCAGCAGCGCUGGAAUCUACAAGCCCACAGAUGAACCUCCUCAUGUUGAAGGGGAUGCUGUGAAAGCUGAUGCUGGUCAUGUAUUAGUCGAGAAAUACAUAUCUGAGAUAUUUGGUAGUUGGGCAAGUUUCCGUCCUCAGUACAUGAUUGGCUCUGGCAAUAACAAGGAUUGUGAGGAAUGGUUCUUUGAUCGUAUUGUUCGUGGACGACCAGUUCUAAUUCCUGGCUCUGGAAUGCAGCUAACCAACAUAUCUCAUGUCAGGGACUUAUCAUCCAUGCUUACUCUGGCUGUCCAGAAUCCAGCUGCUGCUAGUGGCCGCAUCUUCAACUGUGUUAGUGACCGUGCUGUGACAUUGGAUGGAAUGGCAAGAUUAUGCGCUAAAGCUGCAGGAAGCUCUGUUGAAAUUGUGCAUUAUGACCCCAAGGCAGUAGGAGUUGAUGCUAAAAAAGCUUUUCCUUUCCGCAACAUGCACUUCUAUGCUGAGCCUAGAGCUGCCAAUGAGAUUCUGGGAUGGAGUGCUACAACUAACUUACCGGAAGACUUGAAGGAGCGAUAUGAGGAGUACGUGAAAAUUGGCAGAGACAAGAAAGAAAUGAAGUUUGAACUAGACGAUAAGAUACUAGAAUCUCUAAAAGUACCAGUUGCUGCUUGAUAGCCUCAUCCCACCAUUUUUUUCCUACAUUCUUCAACUUUUCAAAUUUGUGCUACUUAUAGAGGAAUGAGCAUGCCUGUCCAUCUUCAGACAAAUCAUCCAAAUGUUGUAAGAAAUUGGUCAAAUUCAACAACUGAGGAAUGUGAUUAUAUUACUCAUCCAUAAUGCAUCA